AUGAGUAGGGAUUCAUAGUAAAAAGUGUUUCUGAAUAGAUUUGUAGUGAAAAAGAAAAUCUCAUCAGGUGCUUUUGGAGUGGUCUUUCUAGUUUUUGAUAAAUAAACUAAUUAGGAACAUGCACUAAAAUUAGAAAAAGAAGAUAAUGAAGAGAUGAGAUCUUUAGAAAGGGAAGUGGAAAUUCUGAAAUAACUGAAUGAAGCAGAGGGGACUCCAAAAUUGAUAUGGUUUGGAACAGAGGAUGAAUUUAAUCUGAUGGUUAUAUAAUUAUUAGGGAGAGAUUUGUCAUUUUACUUUAGACAAUAAAAAAAAUUCAGUCUUAAAUGUUCUAUUUAGAUUGCUUAUGACUGUGUUUAAAUACUAAGAAAUAUACAUAAUAGAAAUGUUAUACAUAGAGAUUUGAAACCUGAAAACAUUUUGAUGUCCAAAGAUAAUGAAAGUCUAUACAUUGUUGACUUCGGUAUUAGUAAGGUUUAUUGCGUUUAGGGUGAACAUAUGUACAUUUUGUUCAAUUUCAAUCUUUUUAGGCCAUUUCGUAAAGAUAAAACAUUUAUGGGUACUCCAAGAUAUGCCUCAAUAGCAGCACAUUUAGGUCAUGAAAUAGCAAGAAAAGAUGACUUAGAAUCCUUAUUUUAUGUUAUUCUUUAUUUUCUUCGUGGUAGCUUGCCUUGGUAAAAUUUACCUGUUUCUGAAAAUGAAAGAACCAAAGCAGUUGGAGAUAUAAAAUAAAACAUUGACUUAAAUGAUUUAUGUGCUAAUCAACCUUAUGAAUUAGUUGAGAUCAUGCAAUAUAUAAAGAAUUUAAGUUUUUCAGAUGAACCAAAUUACUAAUACAUUUUAUAAAUGCUUAAUUAGAUUGCUGAAAAUAAUUAAUUUAUACUUGAUGGAAUUUAUGAUUGGACAGAAGGUUUGAUGAAAUCAACUAAAAAGUUCAGUUCUUUAGAAUCUAAGAGAUCUUUUGAAUUUAAUAAAAUAAAAGAACAUUCUCCAGGACCUAUUAUGAAAAGCUCAUCUAAAUUAUCUAAUUAAAUAAUAUGGACAAUAAAUGAAUAACCAUAACAUGGACAAGUAAAGUAAAUUAUUCUUAAAUAUAGUUUCCAAAUUCUUAAUAACAUUUAUUGUAACCUCCUGAUCCAAAUAAGAAACCAGGACAAAGAAGUGAUUUUAGGCAUCUUUCAAAUUCAUCUUCUAAUUCUAAUGUUGGUUCUUUUAGUUCAAUGAAAAUAAAGUAUUUACCAUCUUAGAUUGAAAUUGAAAAACCAUCUCUAUUUCCAAAAUGGGAAAAGACAUAUAUUUAAUAGGAUUCAUAAUAUUAAGAAUAGAUGGAUGAGAACAAUUUUGAAAUUCCUUUAGAAAUUAAAUAUAAAAAUUACACCAAGAUUCAAUUAUUAGAGUAUUUACUGAUUUUAUUUUAGGAUUUAUAACAAUGGAUUCAAUAAAUUUCUUGAAAACACUUAUUGA